CGUCUCAGGUCAGAAGGCGGAGAUGAGACGUGUGCUUGCCAUGCCACUUGCGAACGGAAUACCGCCCCUUUACACACAAAAUGACUUCUGCUAGGAUCACGCGCGGCUUGACGACAGAAUCCGUGAUGUUUGGGGAAAUUUUCUGUUUGAAAUUCCUGCCUUUCGAGUGCAAAGGCUGAUUUUCAUUGCGGCUGUUCUCUUUUAGACUUAUACCAACAGAUAAUUGGUCUGUUGGAGGUUACUAUUCUGAAGUGACGUUUACGUCGAUUCAUUCAUUCAUCACAACAAUGGCAGCUCACGACUUUAAUUUUUUGCUUGCGACGGAUUCGUACAAGAUAACACACUACAAACAGUAUCCUCCCAACGUAAGCAAAAUCUACUCCUACUUUGAAUGUCGCCGCAAGAAAGGCUCCCAGUUCAGCGAAGUGGUGUUUUUUGGUCUCCAGUAUUUAUUGAAGAAAUAUCUCACAGGGCGAGUGAUUACAGAAGAGAAGAUUCAAGAAGCAAAAGUCUUCUACCAAUUGCACUUCAAACAGGCUGUAUUUGAUGAAGAAGGCUGGAGAAAGGUUCUUGAGAAACACGAUGGCCGUCUUCCUAUCCGGAUAAAAGCGGUGCCUGAGGGCAAGAUCAUACCCAGAGGCAAUGUGCUCUUCACUGUGGAAAAUACAGACGCAAGAUUCUACUGGCUCACUAACUAUGUUGAGACAAUGUUGGUCCAGAUGUGGUAUCCCAUCACAGUGGCUACCAUAUCCAGAGAGUUUAAGAAGAUCCUAGCCAAACACCUGAAGGCCACCUCAGGAAGCCUUGAGGGUCUUCACCUGAAAUUGCAUGACUUUGGCUACAGAGGAGUUUCUUCACAGGAGUCUGCAGCUUUAGGUGGAGCUGCUCAUCUGGUGAAUUUCUGCAGUACUGACACAGUAGCAGGACUACUAAUGGCUCAGCGAUACUACGGAUGUCCAAUGGCUGGUUUCUCCAUUCCGGCAGCUGAGCAUAGUACGAUCAUCUCCUGGGGGAAAAGUAGAGAGAAGGAUGCAUUUGAGCGAGUGUUGGAUGAGUUCUCCUCCGGGCCUGUCUCUGUGGUCAGUGACAGCUAUGAUAUCUUCAAUGCCUGCAAACAUAUCUGGGGAGACAAGCUGAAGGAGCGAGUCAUGGAACGUGGCCAGGACUCGUGUCUCGUGAUCCGGCCAGACUCUGGUGAUCCCGCAGAAACUCUUAUUGAGGUCAUCAAGAUUUUGGAGGAGUGUUUUGGAUGUUUGCUGAACUCUGUAGGAUACAAGGUGCUGCCUUCAUACCUGAGAAUAAUUCAAGGGGAUGGCAUUGACCUCAGUUCAGUGGAUGAGAUUCUUCACAAGCUGACUGAUGAAGGCUGGAGUGCAGAGAAUGUUUUCUUUGGUUGUGGCAGUUCUUUGCUCCAGAAGCUCAACCGCGACACACUCAGUUGUGCCUUCAAGUGCAGCUAUGUGGAGACCAACGGCAAAGGGAUGGACGUAUACAAGCAGCCAGUGACGGAUCCAUCUAAGGUGUCAAAGAGGGGUCGUCUAUCGCUGAGAAGGAACUCUGAUGGGCUCUUCGAGACUGUAGAAAGGGGAGCCGGCAAACCUGAGGAGGAUCUUCUGGUCACGGUGUUUGAGAAUGGAUGCCUUCUGCAGAAUUACUCCCUGGAAGAAAUCCGUAAGAAUGCCAGACUGCGGGAAGAAGAGAUGACGCCGACCAUGCAUAACCACAAAGAGGAACUGCUACACAAGCACAUCAUCAAUGGGACUCAUUAGACCAGAUUCUAAACCUGCUGAUGUGUGUACAGGUGUGUAGCUUCGGGUGCCUCAUUUUCUUAAAUCUCCCGAAAGGAGGAAUAUGCAAGGUUUUACCUUUUUAUUUAUUCAUUUAUUUUUUUUAAACCACUACAUAAAAAGCUGCAUAUGGCAAACGAUACACACAGAGUAUAAUCUCAAGCAGUCCACCGAGGAGAUUUUUUGCUUCAAUAGAUUAACUCUAAACGCGUUCAUUCUGAGCCAGCAACAUCUUGGUCUUGAUGACAACCGAAACUCAGGGUCAGCAACGGACACACUAUUUUGGUCAUGAUCAUGGCUUUUGUCCAAGCAUCAAAAUAAUAUUCAGAAAUAUUCUUUUAUCAAAUGGCAUAAAUUUUACUCAAGCACCCCAUCAAAAAAUAAAUACCAGUACAUGAAUGAAAGGGGAAGUCAACCCUAAAAGUUUCUUUGCAAUAUGUUCUAUGCAGCCUCACUAGUCGAAACACAGUAUUCUGAUUUCUGUUUGUGGAGUAUUAAUUCAGCAGCGAAAUCCACCUGUUUUUAUUCAUCUCAGAGUGUGGCUGGCUACUUUGCCACCUGAUGUCAACUCAAAAUGACAUCAGAGUUGCUCAGGGCUCGAGACAUGAUCAAUUCUCCUCAGACUUUUACAGGAUUCCCCACAAUGACAACCUGGAAAAAAAGAUUCUCUUUUCAUUUUUGCAAAUGUAAUGUAACAGAUUGGUUUUUAAUCAUGUCCAACACAGCCACAGUCCGCCUGUUUCUCUCUCAAGCUAACACAUAACUUUUAAAGCAUACUUUUAUUUCCUGUUGCUCAGUUAAUUGCAAUGCCUAGCUUUCUGGUCUUCCUAAAAAGAGUAUUUCAAGGUGAGAGUUACUCCGGAACUCAGCCACACGAGUCCUGACAAGGACUAGAGGGUGGGAUUCCAUUACACCAGUUUUAAAAUUGCUGUAUUAGCCCCUCUGUGUGUUUCAAGAUUGAUUUUAAGAUGGUUUUAUUCCUUUUUGAAUGCCAAAACGUUCUUAGGCCAUCCUACUUAUCCGACUUGCUUUUAUCCUAUCAAUCCUCGUGCAUCCAGAGGUCCUUUGGCACUGGUGUUUUAAUUAUUCUUUGGGUGAGAACCAGAACACAUGGUGAGGCUUCAUUCAGCCAAUUUGGUCCCCAGCUAGGGAAUAGCCAGCCAAAGGACAUCAGGUCUGUUUUUUCGAGCAGGCUUAAGGCACAUCUUAUUAGUUUAUCUUUUGGAUAACUUAUUUUAAUUAUUUUGUAGCGCCAAUGUUUCCUAAUGAGGGGCCUUCACACUGGGAGGUGUCGUUUUUGUCAGCGUGGAUGAGCUCCCUUUGGGUGCUAUUUUCUUCAUCUGUUUUCUCUGUGCCAUGUUUUAAGAUAGUUUAUCAGGUUAUGUAUGCGUGUCAUGUUUCAGUUCGUGACCAACAGGUGGCACUGUGGGGCUUUUCCCUGCAGCUGCACACCUUGUUGGUCGUUAGCCAAUUAUGGCUACAAAAGGACUCCCACCCGACCACUCAUGGUCGGGUCAUUGUUACUGUUCCUCUGCUGCUGUCAUGUUUGUUAGUUUUGUCACGUUUAGGACAUGUUUCUGUUACUAUUUUUACCGUUUUUGAGCUUCUGCCAUGUUUUUUGUUUGAUACUUUGGAUUCGUUUUGUUGUUAGGACUUUGCUUGUUUUGGAUUUAGUUUCCGUGUUUUAAUACAAUCUGUCAAGUUCUCCCUG